AUGACAGAACCGUCACCCACAAUGAUAACCCCUGCCUCCUCCACCCGCACAACAACCCUCCUCACCAACCUCUCCGCCGUCACUUCCCGCAUCUCUGCCGCUGCAGCAUCAGCCGCGUCAACAUCCACAUCAUCCGCAUCCACCAUAAAGACAGCUCAACAACCCCAACCCCGCCUCAUCGCCGUCUCCAAACUCAAACCGGCCUCCGACAUCUUAGCCCUCCACUCCCCCCCAACCUCCCACCUCCACUUCGGUGAAAACUACCUCCAAGAACUCCUCGAGAAGUCCCGUCUUCUCCCACCGACAAUUCGAUGGCACUUUAUCGGCGGAUUGCAGUCGAAUAAAUGCGUUUUGCUGGCGAGGGAGGUGCGCGGGCUGUGGGCGGUUGAGAGUGUGGAUUCGGAGAAGAAGGCUUCUUUGCUGGAUAAGGGCUGGGGAGAGCGGAAGUACCUCGAUUCUAAUGAUGUCGAGGAGAAGGAGAGGAAGUUGAGGGUGUUUGUGCAGGUGAAUACGUCCGGGGAGGAGAACAAGGCGGGUAUUGAGCCGGAUGCUGCGCCGGGUUUGUGUCGGUUCAUUAAGGAUAAGUGUUCGCGGUUGCAGUUGCAGGGUGUUAUGACUAUUGGGGCAAUUGCGCGGUCGAAGGCUACGACGCCGGAGAAUGAGAAUGAAGAUUUUAUCUGCUUGCGCGAGACGAGGGAUCGGAUUGUUAAGGAGUUGGGAUUGAAGGAGCUGGAGUUGAGUAUGGGUAUGAGUGAGGAUUUUGAGGGGGCUAUUGCGCUGGGCAGUGAUGAGGUUCGCGUUGGUACGACUAUCUUUGGGGAUAGGCCACCCAAGUCUGAGGCUAGGAUUGUUUGA